AUGUUGACGAUUUCGUUCUUGGCACCACUUGCCCUGAUAGCAGUCUGUUCCUAUUUCAUUGCCCGUAAUUUCGGAGUUUGGCUCAUCGAGACAAUAACAUCAAAAGCACUAGAGCUCUUCCGUCCGGGCGUUCUAUCGACGGGAGAGCAGAUCUCUGGUCCCAAAUGGCAGUAUCCAAAUGGGACGGUCAUUGAACGGUUUCUCAAUGGACGAGAAAACUCGGAGAAAUGGCAAAAAUAUGGACCGGUAUACCGAGUUUGGUCUGGCCCACAUCCCGAGAUUGUGAUUACAACACCGGAAGACUUGAGACACUUCAGCUCCGACGCCAACGAUCAUCCGAAAACUCCAAAUGUGAAUCUUGGUUGGUUUGUCGGAGAGCUCCUUGGCCAGGCUCUGGGACUUUUAUAUGGAUCCGAUUGGAAGCGUCUCCGUAAGAUAUUUGAUCCUCCUUUCACACAUGCAUCCGCCAUGACGAGAAUCGGUAUUGUGGAGAAGACCGCCUGCAAAUACGUGGAGAAUCUACCCAGCAUCGCUUCCAGUAUUGUACAGCAGAGCGUGGAGGGAACUCUCAAAACCCCGUCAUUCGAUCUUCCCGUGCUGAAAACAUUCACCAAAUUUCCUUACUUUCUCACCGCCAGCGCUAUCUACGGGCCCAUGACCGACGAAGAAGAGCGCACGCUGUGGGCUGUCACCGAAAAGCGAAUUGCAUUGAACCAAUACUGGAUCGGCGGAGGUGUUUAUCGAUUCAAGACUACCGCGAGGCUGUAUGAUCCUCACGCCGUUCAGCAUCUCGAGAACUUCAACAAGGAAUGGCGUGAGUACAAUGCUCGCAUGAUGGAAGUGCGGCGGGAACGAGGUGAACGGACUCCAAUCGUUACUUAUUGGGAAGAAUACGAGUCAGGAAAUAUGACCAUGGUCGAGCUGCUUCAAACUCUCGAUGAGCUCCUUAUGCUCAACUUGGACGUCAUCACACAUGUUAUCACCUGGUUUAUCACCCUCGUUGCCGCACACGAAGUUGCGAAGGACACUUUACUCGAAGAAAUUGCUGCAAGCGAGAGCAGUCUUCAAGAGUACAUCGCCAAAACCGAUUCUCAUUUACACCGCUGUUUCGUCGAGUCAAUGCGUUUGCGGCCGUUUGGUAUUUUCACAAUCGGCGAAGCUUCUUCUGCUGUCAAAAACUUCCAUGGCGUCCUCGUGAAACCAAAUACUCAAAUUCUCGUCGACGUCCUCGCAAUCAACGUUCGCAACCCUUUCUGGGGUAGUCAUAGUGAGGUCUUUGACCCGAACAGGCUCAAGAAUAUCAAGCAAUCGGAUCUCCGAUACAACCUGCACUCGUUCGGGAUUGGUAGUCGCAAAUGUAUGGGCCAAUACGUCGCCGGGCACAUCGUUAAGUCGCUUGUCGUACAUUUAUUCAAGCAGUAUGAGGUUCAUCUGCUGGAAGAGAAUGAGUCGAAGGGUAAUCCGGAUACUGAUAAGAACAGCUGGACGCCCAAGUCCGAGGCUAUGUUGCGGUUGACGGCAAGGAAAAACGCUCCUUGACUCUUGACACUGUUCGGACAUUCCAUCGGUUUGUUCACGUGAUGCUCCAGAAUACCCAUAUGGCAAAUUCAAAUGUAUUCGC